AUGGGAUGUUUGAUAGAAUGGAAGCAAAGAGGGGCAAGAGCGAGGCAAGUCCGACCAACGCCUAGAGCUGACUGGCAGCUCCGCCCCAUUGGAAAACACGCCUCUUUGAAAAAAAGAAAAGAAAAGAGCAGUGUUGAUCCUGAGAUAUGCUUAUCUUACGUCGGUAUGCUGGUAACGCAUUUCAACAGCCAUGUUCGAUAUGGAGCUGUUAUGGCUUUGGGUAUAGCUUGCGCUGGUUCUGGCUUCACGGAAGCCAUAGCACUGCUGCAGCCUUUGAUUUCAGCCAAAGAAAACUUUGUCAGACAAGGAGCCAUCAUUGCCUUGUCGUUCAUCCUCGUUCAACAAACUGAAGCAACAUGUCCAAAGGUUUCCGAGUACAGAAAGGCAAUCAACAAAAUUAUCACCGAAAAAGGAGAGGAAACACUUGCUAAGUUUGGUGCCUUCAUCGCUCAGGGAAUUCUCGAUGCUGGAGGAAGAAAUCUUACAAUUUCGCUCCACAACCGUACCGGACACCCCGAUAUGGGUGGUGUAGUUGGAAUGCUGUGCUUCCAGCAAUAUUGGUACUGGCAUUCAAUGGUCGACUUCAUCUCUCUGGCCACAAAGCCUACCUGCCUUAUUGCUUUGAACAAAAAUUUGGCUAUGCCGAAAAUGGAGUUCAAGUGCAACGCCAAAGCUUCCAUGUUUGCUUAUCCUCCUAUUUUGGAAUCAAAGAAAAAAGAGGAACAAGAAAAGGUUGAAACUGCUGUUCUUUCCAUUACCAACAAGAAGAAGCUUCAAAAAGCUGCCAAGGAAGGAGUGAGAGAAGCUGCUAGAGAAGCUGCUAAAGAAGCGGUCAAGGAAGAGAAAAUGGAUGUUGAUCACCCUGAGGAAACCAAAGAAAAAAAAGAUGAUGAUAAGAAAACAGAAGUUGAACCUUCAUUCCAUAGCAUUGAGAAUCCAUGCCGUGUGGUGCGUCUUCAAUUGAAAACAUUGUCAAUGCCUGAAAAUGCCAGAUACAAACCAGUAAAGGCAAUUAACCAAGGUGGAAUUAUUCUGGUGAGAGACCGUAAACCGAAUGAAACUGAGGAGUUGGUCGCUCAGGUUGUUGCUGGUGGAACGACGACAGACCCCGCUGCUCCCGAAAAGGAACCCCACUCUACUUUCGAAAUCGAUUUGAGCGAGUACUAA